AUGGUUUCCGCAAAGCAGGUCGCCGUCGCCGGUGUCGCAGCCGUGGGCAUGGUUCAGUUCUGCCCAGCUCCAUUCCUCGCAGCAUUGACAGCAGUCGAGGUGAUGACCACCGUGUCCGGUGUCGUCGGCGCCAUCGGCGGUCUCGCCGGUGGAGCAGCCGCAGUUGCCAGCGCUGUUUCGGACGCCAAGGGCAAGAGAAAGCGAUCUGAGGGCGAGGUUGACUUCUUCAGCCGCAUCAACAAGCGUCAGGAAAUGAAUGCAGCGGCCAUCGAGUCUUGCCACCAGCAACUUGGAUCAGCCACCGUCGGAUUUCAAUCUCAGGGGACCGGAACUGGCAACGUCCUUGUCACCGGAAUUCCAUCCAGCUGCAUGACGCUCCUGACUGUCAUUACUGGCAAGUACAACGAGGGCAACCCAAUUCCUAUGGGCAGCGAUUCUGCUGUAUUCCAGAACCUGAGCGACGAGUCUCUCCAGGAGCUUAUCGACGCUCUCAGCGCUCACGCUUAG